AGGAAAUCGGCAGAUUGUCGAAGGUUUGCCUGAUAUUUUCCAGCUAUACAGUACUUUAAAAGAAAAGUUAACAGAUGUUUGACUUUUAUCCUUCUGUUUCACCAAUAUUUACCAACCAUCGGGAUGAAUACUUAUAUGACACAAACUAGACAUAUUAGUAUGAAAAAGAACUAACAAUUCUCCAAAUAGUAGGACGUGAUUCAGUUUUCAUGGAAAUAUUAAUUUUCGGGUGUUCGACUUCAGUUUGGAAAUAUGAAAAGGCACAGUUUGGUGCAUUCAGAUGAUAAAGCUUUAUGACAUUAAUUACAAAUGGCAUAAGAAAGAAGCAAAUAUUAGUUAUAUUUAGAACCUAUAACAGAAAAUAAUUUAAGUAAAACAGUUGAUAUAAAAAGCUGUAUAUAUUUAAAAGUUGUUAGUUUCAUCGCAAUGAAUGUAAACAUGUGAUCAUUCGUUCAAAAACAAUAACACACGUGAUCCUAGAUUUUGCAGUCAUCGGGAGAACAAAUCCUUCAUGCAAACUGCACCUACUAUCAAGAAGAAGAAGAUCCUAGAUUUGGGCAUGGUAGAUGAUACAGAAAGCAGUACAAUGUCUGUCACAAAUCCUUUUACUGCGGCAGCAUUAAGACCACAAGUCAGUAGAAUAAAUAUGCCAGGAAGAUCGACCCCAGCCAGCAUACUAGCAGAUUCGUUCUUGGCUCCUGAAAACUAUCUUUACUUACCAGAUGUACCAAGAAUAACUCCGGACAAUAAUGAUGAAGGUCUCCAGACACUAGCAAUUUUAGCUAAAGAGAACCUUCAUCGUGAAUAUUUUAAAAUAAACUCUGCUCUCCAGAAAAAAUGUGAAUAUAUGAAGCGAAGUUUAAAUAUUGAGGACCUAAAUUAUCUGAAGCCUUCAAACAAGAAAGGAAAAGGAGAAAAUUACUGCAGGAUUAUUGAAAUCAAUCAAACACAACGUUCAAACUUAUCAGAAGGCAAAUGUUGUGUACAAUGUAGAAGUUGUGAGGCAAGCAUAAAAUGUGAAGACUGCUUUCAUUUUUUGUGUCAUAAAUGUGAUCAGCAGCAGCAUUUUGUAAUGCCUUUCCACCAGCGAUUCUGCUGGAAAAAUGGGUUCUUCGAGCCUUUAGACCCAACACAAACUGUGUGUUCAGAUGGGAAUGUCAUUCACUGGAAGCCUGUUGUACCAGCACAUCCACCUAAUUCCUGCCCAAACUGCAGUGAGAGCAAGUUCACAACUUUAAGCUCCAAUAAUUUGUGCAUCUUUGUAACUUUAAGUGGUGCAAGUGCGGAUAUGUAGAUGAAGAACUUGGGAAAGCCAUGCACCAGUCUGGUUUUUAUUCAACUGGAAGAAAUAGUAGCACUUUCUACAGCAUAAAUCUAUUGGAUUCCUGGCAUUUUCUCAAGAGAAGCAGCCCUGGAACUUCUCUUCAGGCAUUAG